GAUCGAAUUGCAUUGCAUGAUGCUUGCUAAACUAAAUGGAGUAGCAUAUCCGUUGUCAGAUCCUUGAAGAUGAUAGGAUCGCAUCUGCUCAUCUCGGUGCAUCUCCCCCCGAAGACGGAAAUUAAAGUAUGAGCACAUCGCGAAUUAAUAUGACAAAAGAAAUAAAUACAAAACUAUAUAAUCAUGGGUAAUUUCCCAAUACUCUUGUUCGAGAGUUAUUAGAUAUAUUUCUCUACCAAACCACAAGAUGCGAAGUCUCCUCCUUUACUCUCUCUUGACCGCUUCUGCGAUGGCAGAGAAGCUUCUCUACAGAAAUACCUUCAACAGCACCGACGCAAUUGCAGAUUGGGUUGCCGAAGGUCCCGUCAAGGCCACCGUAUCCAACAACACGCUUGAAUUAGCUGCCCCGGGAGACUUUGUCUAUUGGGUCCCAGAAGUCUUUCCCGAACGCAUCCGCAUCACAUGGGAGUUCUCACCUAUCGAGGAACCCGGCCUGGCUAUCAUCUUCUUCGGUGCAGCCGCAGCCAAAGACGGCGGAAGCAUUUUCGACAAGGAUCUCAAGCCCCGAAACGGGUCUUACCCGCAAUAUCACUCUAGCGACAUUCGAACGCUGCACGCUUCGUACUUUCGUCGUCGGUGGCCCGAAGAGAGGGCUUUUCAUCUUGCGAAUUUGAGAAAGUCGCCUGGAUUCCAUCUUGUUGCGCAAGGGGCUGACCCAUUGCCGAAUGUGGAGGAUACCCUGGGUGCUUAUUACAAGGUUGAGGUUAUUCACGAUAAGCGUGAUGUCAAGUUCUCGAUCAAUGGAUUGGAAUUAUUCUCCUGGGAAGAUGUGGAUCGAUCGACUGGACCAGUUAUUCGUGGUGGACGGAUUGGCUUCAGACAGAUGAAUCCUCUUGUUGCUCGAUAUCGCAACUUGGAGGUAUGGAAACUUUAGAGGGUUUGGGUUGCACGACUCCUAUGGCAGGCGUAGACAGAUGCUGGCUGCAAUAAUAUGUUAAACUACACAUACAAUUUCAGACUUGUUCAAGUUGAAAAUCCUCCAGAGUUCGCCUGUCUGGGCUCACCAGCAGCCUCGAAAGUCCCAUCCAGUAACCUCCUCAAAGCCUG